CAGUCCAUGUGAUCCAGUCUCCGUUUUCCCUUUGCUCCAGAGCAGGGUGGCGAGUGGACAGCGAGUCUGUCCAGCAGCCUGUUUGAAGCAAAGCAUGGAGUCGGCAAGCGCCUCGGCAUUCCGGAGCAUGGCCACUUGAACCUGGGGCGUCGGGGGCAAGCUUGACCAGGACCCAUCCUUGAGGCUACCUUCGCCUUGUGGGGACCACAAGGCGCUCGCCGGCCAGCCGGCCAUGGACUCCCGGCUGCUGCUGCUUCUGCUGCCCAUCUCCCUCUCCCUUUGGUUUUGCGGGCUUGUCUCCUCUGAGCUGGUCAGCAUCUGCUCCUCAUCUCCAUGCAAGAAUGGAGGCACCUGUAAAGACUUGGAAGAUGGCUACAGGUGCCUCUGUCCCCAGAACCUCUCAGCCUAUGUGGGGAAAGACUGCGAGGACCUCUACGACGUGUGUGCCGGGCACCCCUGCCUACCUGAGUGGAUCUGCCGCGGGACUCCUGGACACCUGAACUACACCUGCCAUUGUCAGCCCGGCUUGGCAGGUCUCUCCUGCAGCAGCGAAGGCGAGGUGUGCAAGAGCAGCCCUUGCCUGCAGCCUCACUUGCAGUGUGUGGAGCUGCCUGGUGGGUAUGGCUGCCAGUGCCCGAGCGGGGGCAGCUGCCAGCCUGGGCCUUCCCUUUGCUCCAGCCAGCCCUGCCGCAACAACGGCACCUGCGUGGAGAGUGCUGGGGAGUACAGCUGCCGGUGCCAACCUGGCCACAGCGGUGCCCACUGCGAGGAGGAUGUGGGCGAGUGUGCCUCUAGCCCGUGCCAGAAUGGGGCCAUCUGCCUGGACAGGGCUAACGAGUACAGUUGUUUCUGUGUGCCUGGCUUCCAGGGCUACCGCUGCGAAAUAGACAUCAACGAGUGUGCCUCCCGGCCUUGCCAACACAACAGCACCUGCCUCAACCUGAUGGACCACUAUGCUUGCCAGUGCCUACCUGGCUACACAGGUGUGAACUGUGAAGUGGAGGUUGAUGAAUGUGAGUCGGGCCCUUGCUGGAACGGCGGCACCUGCAGUGACCACGUUGGGUUCUUCACCUGCUCGUGUACACCUGGGUAUGAGGGAGCACAGUGUGAGGUGGACGUCAAUGAGUGCCAGAGCCACCCGUGUCUCAACGGGGGAAGGUGCCUCGACCUCAUCAACAGCUACCAGUGUGACUGCCUCAACACGGGCUUUGAAGGGCAACAUUGUGAGCUGGAUAUCUUGGAAUGUGCCUCCCAGCCUUGCCAGAAUGGCGGUACCUGCCUGGAAGGGGUUGGAUGCUACAGCUGUGUUUGCUGGCCAGGAUACGUAGGGGAACACUGUGAGGUUGAUGUAGACGAAUGUGCCGCUGUGCCCUGCCUCAAUGGGGGCCAGUGCGUUGAACGGUCCAAUCAGAGCUACUACGGAGAUCACAUAGACUUCCCCCUGCACUUCACCUACCAGGAAGCUGCUGGAUUCAUUUGCAGGUGCCAGCCAGGCUUUGAUGGAGAGACUUGCUUCUUCAACAUUGAUGAAUGUACAUCCCAACCAUGUCAGAACGGAGGGAGCUGUGUGGAUCUGGUGAACAGCUAUCAGUGUCACUGCCUGCCAGGGUACUCAGGUGUGGAGUGUGCCACUGACAUUGACGAGUGCGAAGACCACCCCUGCCAAAACGGAGGAGCCUGCGAAGAUGGCAUCGCUGACUACAUCUGCCAUUGCAUCCUUGGUCCAAACGGCAUAGCCUGGGGUGGGAAGAACUGCUCUGUGGAGCUGACCGGGUGCCAGAACCACAGUUGCCAAAACGAGGCCUUGUGCAUCCCCACCUACCAGUCUGAGUCCCACGGCCACCUGUGCCGCUGCCACCCUGGCUUCUAUGGCUCCACCUGUUCCACGCCAACCACCUUCUCCUUCACAGCCAGUGUCUACCUCUUCAUCAACAUGACUGCAGACGACGAGAGUGCCAGGGAGGCGCCAGAGGGGGACCAAGCCAGUGUGGCUCUCCGGUUCCGGACCACCCUCCCCGAUGCCGUCCUCUUCUACCGAGGCCAGCCAGGAGAGCACCUUCUCCUGGAGCUCUCUGGUGGCCUCCUGCGAGUGACACUUUUGAUGCAGGACACUCCGUUGUCUUUCACCUUGGAGGCACCGAAGGUGGCCGAUGGCCAUUGGCACAAGGCAGAAGUCCUGCUGCAGGAUUCUCUCGUGCUCAAACUUUGGCAUGAAGCCUGUGCUGAGGGUGUCUGUUUGCACAGCACCCCCAUUGGAGAGGGAGCCCCCAUUUCAUUCCUGCCCUCCUUUUUGCACAUAUAUAUUGGAGGAGUUGAAGAGGACUUAACACCUAACCCAACAAAGAGUUUCCUUGGUUGCUUGGAAGACUUGCAGAUUGAUUCUAAGGUUGUCUUGCCACAGGAGGUGAUCGGACUGAAAGCCCCUGGGUUUGAGCUGGGCUGCGAGAGGACAGAGUGGUGUCACUCCCAGCCCUGUUCACAUGGCGGCCAGUGCAUUGACCUCUGGGCAGACUUCCGCUGUCACUGUGCUCGGCCUUACGAAGGCCGUACAUGCGCCUAUGAGUCUCCUGCAGGAACUUUCAGCCAAGACAACUCCUCAAGCUUUGCUGCCUUUGCAGUUAACAGCAGUCUCGGGGCAAACUUUAACCUUUCAUUUUUCAUCCGAACUCUGAGGCCCAGUGGUCUGGUGACCCAAAUCAGCAACCAAAGUGAAGUUUUCCUCACAGUGUAUCUGAAGGAUGGGCAGCUCCAGAUGGAUGCACCUUCUGCUGCUCCCAUUGGGCCAACUGGGCAGCUGGCGGAUGGCACCAGGCACUUUGUAGUGCUUUCUUUCCAAAAUGGUCUUGUUUACACCAGCCUUUUAGGCAGAGAGGAGGAACUGGGACCCCUGGUGGUGACUCCUCUCCCUCCUGGCUUCGUGGUUCAUGUGGGUGGACUCCCGGACCAAGACAGUGCUGCCACGUGGGGAGGGCCUUUUAAAGGCUGCCUCCAGGAUCUUCGACUCAAUGACUGGCAGAUGCAGUUUGUCCCUCAUCUGGCUGCUAACCACAGUGGCCCACAAGAGAGGCUUGUGGGGCAAACCACCAACGUUGGUUUCGGAUGCACCUCUGAUGACACCUGCAAGUCUGGGCCAUGCCUCAAUGGCGGCCAGUGCACCGUCACAUGGAAUGACUUCAGCUGCAGCUGCCCAGCCAACUUCACAGGCAAGCGCUGCCAAGAGAGAGUCUGGUGCAUGAGUGAGCUGUGUCCUCAAGCCACAACCUGCGUGGAUGUCCCUUCCGGCUAUGUCUGUCUGGCCAUGGCCACAUUUCAUGAGCGCGACGCAGCUGAAUUCACAGCCAACGCUUCCAUCACCAGAGCCCUCCAUAGCCUCCGCCUGGACUUCAGAACAAGGGACCAAGACAGCAUCUUGCUGCGGGCCAUGGUGGCUGUGGAUUCUCUCCUGGUGGCCAUCCAGAACUCCUCUCUGCUGGUAGAGAUCAGGAGUGGGAACGGCGUUGAGGGGGCAAACCUCCUCAGCCAGGUGCCAGUCUCGGAUGGCGCCUGGCACACGCUUUCGCUGUCCAUGGAAGAUCCCUUGGCUCUCUCGUCAAGAUGGCACCUUUGUCUGGAUGGGUCCGUCAACACAACCCUCCAGGGCAAUGCUGGGAACCUGGACUUCCUGAAGAGCAACGCACUCAUUGUCCUGGCUGAAAACUUCACUGGCUGCCUUGGGCACGCAGAUGUGGGUGGAGUGCUCCUGCCACUGGCUGCCCCCACCGCGUACCCACAGCCAGAACAGUUCCUGCAGACAAACAACCGGGCAACCCUUCUUGGCUGCCAGGGGCAAGACGUCUGUGCCUCCAGCCCGUGUCUCCACCAGGGCACCUGCCAGGACCUCUUCAACACCUUCAGCUGCGCCUGCAGCCCUGGGUGGGAGGGGCUGCUGUGCGAGGCCAACAUUGACGACUGCAAGUCCAGCCCCUGCCUCCACGGCACCUGCAUAGAUGAAGUGGCUGAUUUCCAGUGCAACUGCGAGAAGGGCUACAUUGGGAAGCGCUGCCACAUUAACGUCGACGACUGUAUUAGGCACCAGUGCCAGAAUGGUGGGACCUGUGUGGAUGGGGUCUACAGCUACUCCUGCAAGUGUCCCCCACAGUACACAGGCCCUCACUGCGAGUGGCCGUACCCACCUGAGCAAUGCGGGAAGAACUUCACCUGCCUGAAUGGCGGCAAGUGCAUGAGUGGCGUCUGGGGAGCCAACUGCACCUGCAAGCCAGGCUACACAGGCAGAAGAUGCCAGAUCAACAUCAAUGACUGCGACCCCAAUCCCUGCCAGAAUGGGGGGACCUGCCAGGAUUCCGUAAACCGGUAUCGAUGUGUGUGCAGUGCCAGCUACACUGGGGAGCGAUGCGACAUUGACAGGGGGACUCCAGGUGCUCUCUUCCCAUUCCCAUUAAUUGAAGUAGCGGUGCCAGUAGCCUGUGGUUGCUUGCUGCUACUCAUUAUCAUCUUCGUGCUUAUGAUCCUAACGGCCCGGAAGAGGCGCCAGUCUGAGGGGACCUACAGCCCAAGCCAGCAGGAGGUGGCAGGAGCUCGCCUGGAGAUGGACAGUGUGCUCAAGGUGCCACCGGAGGAGCGCUUAAUAUAGGCCCUGCUCUAGCGAGGCAAAGGGGUGCCUUGGCAAGGCCUGCACUGAGGUGCUGGGCUUGUCCCGGGCUGUGCACCUGCCCGCCCACCUCACCAAGCUCCUUAAGCGCAGUGGAGUUGCAAGCGCGCGAGUGGCUGGGCCACAGGUGCACCUGGGAAUGCCAGAGGCCCCCCAACCCAUUCUCUGUGGCUCUUUCCCAGAGGCAGCAGUUAGGCAUCCCCCUUGCCCCCUUCCCCGUCCAUCCCUUGGCUCAAGGUGGAGCCUGCCCACAGGCCUCCCUUGCAAAAUGCUGUUCUCACAGGCAGAACUGCAGGCUGCCUCUGCCUGAUUAUGCCGAGGGGGGGAGCGCUCUUUCCCAAGACCAGCACCAACACCAGCCAACCUUCAACAGAAACAGCACCACCGAUCCUGCCUCCCUGUCAGACAUGGCUCCAAGGGCUGGAGAGACUUCUCAGAAUCCACUGAGAACAUUUGCACAAACCAACUCGUUUGGGGGUGGACUCUUUUGACAUUCCCACAGGUACCAUUUGUUGGUGGUGCUAGUGAUGGAGAUGGUGAAUGUUUGUGUGUGCUUAUUCAGUUCUUCUUGCCAAAUGGUGUGGGAGGAAGGCCGUAGGAUGGAGGAGGGAUUGUGGCCCCUUAAGGAUUCAGUAAUGGCAGAAGCCAGGUGCAGUGGGAAGCAGCAACAGAGCCUGCAUACGGACAUGUGGGGGGCAGGUCCUCUCUCUCUCUCUCUCUCUCUCUCCCUUCUUGCCCACCCACCCACUUGAGAUUGAGACUCAUUAAUAGCCCUCUGUCUCCCAUGCUGCUGCCACCAUCUCAAGUGGUACCUGCAAAGCUGCUUGGUUGGCUUCCUGGCUCAGGGAUGCUCACCUGUAGAUUACCAAGCGAUGUACAGAACCUGCCCAGCGAUUGCAGGGUUUCACCUUGUCUGAAAUGCCACUGCAUCUUGUUCCACCACAGCGACCAGCUUGGGCCCAAGUCAGCAGCUCCACGCUGGUAGGCACCGUGGGAGCAGCUGGGGGCGCAGUGCUUAUCACCCUCUUCGGCCUCUCCAUGGUUGCCAUGAAGAAGAGGAGGGCCACCCAAGGAACCUACAGCCCCAGCCGGCAGGAGAAGGAUGGGGCUCGAGUGGAAAUGUGGAACGUCAUCAAGCUGCCACCACUGGAGCGGCUGAUCUGAAUGCCAAGGAGGUGGCAGCUGUGUGCCCAUGAACUCAAGACUGCAACGACUCACUCCCCAUGGCGCUUCUCAGGUGUGGCUUCAUCUGGUCCCUCCUUGCAGCAUAACUAACAGGCAAGCGAGUCAGAUUCCCUGUUGCUCCACUGGGCCUUCUGUGCUGGGGCGACAUGUAUUCGGUGAAUGGUUAGCCAGCAGUGGAAGAACACAGUGGAGAGUGUUUCAGGGGCCGAAGUCCUGCUGUCUGCCUGACCAGAAGCACCUGAUGCCUGCACUGUUGGUCUACUUACAGGGAGAAGCUGAGCAAAAUCCAGGGCUAGGAACUCAGCACAAACCUUGCAUGGGUCAUUAGUCAAGCAGUGGCAUGGAGACAGAACAGGGUUGGAUUAAGACUGGGAGCAAGCACUUCUGUGCUUGUUCAGACCACACACAUUUCCAGAAUCCAGUGAUAAGCAGAGCCUUCCCUUUGCUAGAACACAGUGUGUGUGUCCCUCCCUACUGGCUGAGGCAUUACCAGAACUAAUACUCCAGUGAACUGCAGCUGAUUGCCAAGGAUGAACCGCAAUGCAGUGGCCUAUAGUGCCUUGUGAACAAGCUACCCAAGACAGUAUUAGAACAACUGGAAGUGCAGGUGGGGCCUCCCUGUUCCCCCUCCUUCCAGAGACAGCUCCCGUUUUUGUUGCACAAAGUAAGAGCCCCCAACCAAGAGCGUUCUCUUUCCUUGGUGUCACAAGGCCGUUGCUUUGAAAAUCCCCUUUCAUCUCCCAAGGUGGGAAACUUGCAGGUUUUGUUCACUUUCAAUUUGUCCUAGUCACACUCUUGUCCUUGUAUUUCCUUGCUUGGGGUUUAUUGGCGAAGGAUGAGAACAGUUUAAAAAGAAAAAGAGCAAUAAAAGCAGAUGUAUGUACAACAAUCAGCCAAAACAAAAGAAAAUAGCAGCUACAAACAGAGCGUGAGGCAUCUUGCUUGCAGGACAGGGAAUCAGUUAAGGCAGGGGAAAGAUCCUGGGGCUCUUCACUUCCCCCUUGACUCCAGGUCCCACCCCCACCCCCGGGCUCCUGGUCAUACUGGCUGGGGCUAAUGCGAGCCAGAAACUCAACAAUAGCAGGAGCAGGGCCUCAGGAGCCCAGAGUUGCCACUUUUAGUCAGGCAAAAGAAAGGACAGGUCGAGGAAAAUACGGGACAGGUGGGGGGGGCGCGCAGGGAAUUGGGGGUUAAAAAUUACCUGGUACAGAAAUGACUUAAAAGCAAUCCAUUAGAAUGACACAUGGGGGUUAGAGUUUUAUUCAAUGAAAAAACGGGAGGGGGGGCUCUCCCUUUCUGACUCGUGAGUCUCCGUCUCUGACCCUCUGCCCAUGCAAAACCCCUCUUUCCCCCAGUCUCCACCAGGGCUGUGCAACGCCCCCUUUCCAAGUCUGUCCCCUCCGGCCUUUCUGCACUCUUCCGCACUGAACCAGACCCCCUUUGCCUUCUGAGAAAAACCCUCUCUCAAGCUCCUCCUCCCGCCCCCCCCCCCAGCCCAUGACGACUCACUCUGGGCUCUUCUCCUCAUGGACCCACCCUCUGCCACCACCAACACAAGCUCAGGCUCUCGCUCUCCUCCCACCAGACCCACCCUCUGUUUUGAGGAUGAGCUCGAAUAUAUGAAAAAGUCAUUGUGUUUGAAGUCCAAACUACAUACUGCUGCACUGCAGGGGGUUGGACUAGAUGACCCUCAGGGUCCCUUCCAAAUCUACAAUUCUGUGUGCUAAAGGACAGGCGACACUUUUCUCCAAAAACAACUAACUAAGUAAAUGGAUGAUCCCAUUUUUCUGGAGAUGGGUGGCAACCCUACAGGAGCCCCCAUUCUUUAGUUGGGGGUCAUACAAGGGCAGGAGUCACUCUCUGCACCCCAACUGGACAAAAUGAGGGUGAGAUUGGCAGGUGCUGCUGCAUGGGCAGGCAGAAGCACUGGGCAAGGGGUGGCAAAUCCUUAUCCUGAAGGAAGAGGGAGAAGACAGUGGUCAGGUUGAGGAACGUGGGAAGCUGUCAGAUCAAAGUUUCAUCUAGCUCAGAAUUGUCCACACUGACUUGCAGCAACUCCUGAAUUUUUUUGUGGGUGGGGGGCAGUGGCCAUUCCCAGACCUAUCUGGAAAUGCCAGGGAGUGGACCUGGGGAAACUUCUGUAACAAAGCAUGGGCUCUACAACUUACCUCUCCAACUCCCAUCCCUGUGGAGUGCAAGGGGGAAAGUAUGGCCUGCAGCAUUAGCUCUCAGAAAAGGUGCGAGAGCCCAACGCUCCAGCUCAGCGCUCCAGAGCAAAAGAGGGAGAGAUGCUGCUCAGAUGAGGACAGCCAUCCAGCAAAGGGAAGUUGCUCAGCACUGGCUUCUAAUAUCUAUUGGGGACUGGCCACACAGCGCCCCCUCCUCUGGUAGCCAUGGUCAGAGCAGGGGAGCACCAGACUCCCUCCUACUGAACUCCCCACCCCCACAGGAAAGACCAGCUCAGCCUUUCGCUGUGCGCUGGCUCCUCUUUCUGCACCCUGCGCCCGAGACAAGAUGAGCACCUGCGUGGAUAUGGCCAACUGCGGCCCAAAAUCAUUAGCGUUUUCAGUCCAAUUACCAUCAACAGGAGAAAUAUUUUAGCAAACACUAUCUGCUCCAAGCACCAAAGCCCAGCUUAAUAAGGGGAGGUGUGAAUUCCUAGAGACUGUUGAAGGGAGGGAGCACCCCAGCUGCUGCUGCUGAGAAGUAUGAUUCGUACUUCUGCUGUAAAUAUUUUAGAAAUGCUACCUGUGCAAAAGAGAACUGAUUCCACAAGGGGCUGGCCCGACACAAAGCCCUCUCUGAGGAAUCUGCCACACACCCUACCUCUCCAGACCGUUUGGAAGGGCCACUGAGCCAGACACCCCCACCCACCCCACCCACAGCUGAAGGCUUGUGACCAAGGCUAGGUCCCCAGAAGAGGGAAGGGAAAUCCUGCUGCCGGUGAGGGUUUCCACAUCCAUCACUAGUGGGAGGAUCCCAGCACUCCUAUUAAUUAAGAGUUUUCUUCCACCAGAUUCAGAUGAACAUUCCCACCCCACCUCCUCUCCUCGGUGUGUUAGCUGCUGCAAUGACAACACAUCCAAAAGGAGGAGGAAAUCUAGCCCCCUCUGAGAGCCUUGGCUGAGCAGAACAUAAUGCCAGUCCUCUUCCAAUGGAUGCGUUCCAUACAAGUCCCACCGUGACUGUGAGAGGGAAGCAGCUGGCCAGGCCCAUCCACUGUCGCAGAGGGGAGUUGGGUCAAGCAUGCACACGGAAUCAUAGAACUGUAGAGCUGGAAGGGACGUAAGCGGGUUUCCUGGGCAAGCAGCGGUUCCAUGUGCGUGUGUUGAUGGGGCUUGGCAAGGGCUGAAUUCUGCUAGUCCAGCUUCCCUCCAUGAGGCCCUUCGCUACCCUCCCUAGCAGUCUGUUAGGGAGCCCAGCACCAUUCAGCACACAUGGCACAAUGAGAACCAAGCGUGCCCUGACGAAGGUUGCCUGCAAGAGGGAGCUUAAACAGGUGGCUGUGGCAAGUAAGCCAAGCCAAGUAGAACACCACCUCUCUCCCAAAAGAUUCAGCCUUAGAGGCGGGUGGAACACUUUCGCCCUUGAGCAUGAGGCAGGAUCUGCACGGCCUGUGCCUCAAAAGCAGUAUUUUCUUGUCCACCCUGCUCUGAGGCCUCUUAAGGGGAAUAAGGAAGUGAGAAGUUCAUUGAUUCCUGAGGUGAGGGCUACAGCCGAGGAAGCAGACUGAGAAUCGUAGCACUGCCUCCAGCUCCACCCCAUGGAUCCCAAACCCUCAGUCAACAGGAGGUGGGGCACUUUGGGGCAAAAACAAAGACACUUGCCAUGAGGGGAUCCUCCAGCAACUGUUUGCACCUUCCAAGGAAGACUGCCCUUGUAGUAGGGUGACUGUGGAUUGACUGAGACACUCCCACAGAAUCUGGACUAGCGCCUUACCUACCUGCUUGGUGUGGCAACCAGCCUUGUAUUUACCAGCACUUGGCACAACACAUACCUGAAGUUUUCCAGGAGGUGGCAACAAGGAACCAUCUUGUGUCAGACACAUGUCCAAAACGAAUCAUGCAGAGGAACCCAGUUUCUCUUGUUAUCACAUCAAAACAGGUUUGUGAACCAGCCUUCAAAGAACAGCCCUCCACCAUGAAUGAGAAGUCAUGACUCCUUGUCUGCCCCUCUCGUAUUUUUAGAUUUGCACCUGAGCUCUGAGCAUCACAGAGGCCCAACUUCCACUACAGAUAUAAACCAGUGUUUUUAACCUCUCUGCUGUUUAAUUUAUGGAUGUUUUUUUAUUCUGUUUCCCCACUGUGAACUUAACAUACUUUUGAUAUUUAAUGUUGGAUAUAUUUUUUCACAAAGCUGCUGUGCUACAGAUUAUGUACGUUCAAUUUUUUUUUUAAAACCAGACUGGUGAUUGUUGUAAUUAAAAUUUGCAUCUAUUUGUUCAGCUUUCA